UUACUUAUUUGAAGAAAUGCUGUUGCGACAGCUUUGCGCAUCAUUCUAAGCAGACUAUAAAACAGGCUAAUUUUUGAACAAAGUAUCACUUUCAUUUGGUUUCUGUACCGAUUAAGAGAUAAACUAUUUAAAAUGAAAAUUUCUUUUUUGGUUUGUGUUUUGGUGGCAUCUGUGACCGCUGAUGUUAGCAACAUAAGCAAUGAAUACCUUCCACCAACUUAUGCUGCUGCUGCUUCCGCUCCAGUACAGACUUAUAGUGCUCCAGUGUCGGCUCCUUCUUACACCGCUCCAGAACAAAGCUUUGAUGUUGCUGCUCCCAGUGUCUUAGCAGAACCAGAAUACGCAGCCUCGGCUCCAGUUGCUUCGCAUAGUUUCUCCUCGUCAGACGGUUACCGGUACAAAACUCAAAGGCGUGUAGUAUACCGUCAUCGUCAACGUCGUGGUGCUCUUUCAACCGAAUAUUUGCCUCCAGCAGCUUCUUCACCUUCCGUUGAAUACUUGUCUCCAGAUGCAUUUCCUGCAGUUUCUUCUUAUUCUGCUGCCCCAUCUUAUCAAUCGGAAACGUAUGCGCCAGCUGCAUCCUAUCAAUCUGAGUCAUACGCUGAACCUUCUUAUGCAGAAUCUGCUCCCGGCCAUACCUUUUCUUCUAAUGAUGGUUAUCGUUACAAAACUGCUCGUCGUCGCGUUUACCGUCGUCGCCGAUACUAAAUCAGUAAUAUGUGAAAAACAUUGACGUAAACGAAGACAACUAGUAAUAAAUAAUCCAAUCGAAA